AUGCCCUCCGCGAUACCGAAGCCAUUCGAGACUCCAGGCAUAAUACCUGAGCGGUCCAAAUACUCCCUCUCAGGCGAAGAGCUCCAUUUCUUCAUGGCUGAAACUGGGAUCGACGAUCCAGACAAACUCAAGGAACAUAUGUUCGCCGUCCAGCGGGAAGCGUUCAAGGUCCAUGCUUAUCCAUGCAUUUCCCGCUUUUGCUUCACCAAGCACGUUUUCCGCCAAUUAUCACUCUCAAAACUCCCUGGAUAUGACAAGUUCCUCGAGCUGGGGAGGUCCCGCAAGGAUCCUAUUUAUCUCGAUACUGGAUGCUUCUUUGGCGUCGAUGUCAGGAAGGCGAUCGCAGAUGGCUAUCCUAUGGAAAGUGUUGUGGCGACCGAUCUAGCACCUGAGUUCUGGCAGUUGGGCCACAAAUUAUUCAACACUAGCCAAGAGACAUUCCCUGUCCCGUUCCUCGCAGGAGACGCCUUCGACAUGGGCUUCCUCCAAAUCGUGGAGCCGUUCUACACCGCGCCCACUACGCCCGCCCCCGACAUCACCUCGCUCACCUCGCUCAACCCGCUCCGGGGCCACGUCUCCGCUGUCAGCAUAUGUGCUGUAUUCCACCUCUUCGGGACCGAAGAGGCACAAGUCCGCCUCGCACGCGCCAUCGCGAGCCUCCUGUCCCCAAAGCCCGGCUCGAUGAUCAUUGGGUACCAAGCCUCGCGCCCCGAUGAGGAUGCUGGCGCCACUAUUGAGAAGACUCCAGGCGGCGGCGAGAUGCAGAUGUUUUAUUUCUCGCCGAAGAGCUGGACGGAGCUAUGGGAUGGGGUGAUCUUCAAGAGGGGUACCGUGAAGGUGGCAACGAAGUUGGUGUCGCAGGUGCUUGAAUCGGACGGCGAGUCCUUCGAGUUCUGGUUCAUGGAAUGGGGUGUUACGCGUCUGUGA